AAAGCCAUUUAACCGGGACGGACACGAGGAUACGAACGGCGCGAGCGUUCGUCGAUCCCGGGGGUUUGGUUAAAUGAAGUCAAAUUGUUUAAUAUCGGAGUAGAUAAAUCUGAGUGUCGGGUCGAGUUCGGUGGAGCGAGCUGUGUACGGCAGGCAGCGAGGCCGCCGCGACGGAGCCAAGCGAGGUGCGCGCCGAGGUAGCGGGCCCGCUGCCGCCCGCCGCCGACGGCUACAUGUACGUGUGCGAGGGCGCCGGCGCCGGCUCGCGCUACGAGUGCGCCUUCGAGCCAGGCCACCACAUGGAGCAGCCACCUUUCGACGACCACAUGUUCGGAGAGUUCGGCAAGGAGCACCACGUGCAGGUGGUGGUGGGCGAGAUCAGCGACCUGUACCGUGACGAGCGGCCGGUCGCGUUCGCCCCUGCUGGGGACCAGAAGCGCAAGGAGGAACCUUUACUGCUGCAAGCAGUGGACUCCAGCCCGGCAACACAUCCCCCACCGCCUCCACCACCACCGUCCACUAAGAAGAGCGACAAAAAGAAAAGUGACAAUAAUGGAAUCAAGAAGAAGAAAACUAGGACGACAUUCACGGCUUAUCAACUAGAGGAGUUGGAACGAGCGUUUGAGCGCGCACCAUAUCCCGAUGUGUUCGCAAGAGAAGAAUUGGCUCUUAAACUUAACUUGUCUGAAUCACGAGUACAGGUCUGGUUCCAAAAUCGAAGAGCGAAAUGGCGUAAGCGAGAACCUCCACGCAAAACUGGAUAUAUCGGUUCCAGUUCUCCAAGCUCCACGACCUUAGGCGGCAGUUUCUCUGGCAUCGGUGGCAAUCUUCCAGCAUUCCCACAGAAUGGCCUCCCUGCUCCAUCUGACUCCUGGUCGUACCAGCACCCCUAUGAAAUAUCUUCGCACCAUCUCUUAUCUUCAAGCAGUGCUGGAUAUCCAAGUUUUAAUACUCAACCGGCAGCGUAUUCUUACACGACCGUCCUCAAUGGCCACGAUGGACAAAUGUUCGCUCCGAGGCACUCCUACGAAUAUGGCGAAGGUAGUCCACCUCCGCUAGGAGUUCGCGAUUACCCGAUGAUGGCAGCUCACUCGCCACAGAUGGAGGCGCAUUCACACGAUGAAAAGCUUGAGUAUCGUUCGCACGAGCACGAGGACAAGUACCCGGCUUGCGCACUGCAGGAGGAGCCGCCACGGUACGCUGCGCCGGCGGACGAAUACGAUAAGUGCGCAUUGGUCACACACGACAAGCACUACGAGAUGGAGCGCCACUCAGACCUCACGCAGCCUGUCGUCGUCAAGAUGGAGCCCAGCAGCGGCCAGGCAUACACCACGCUGCCUCCUUUUUUGAAUUGAAAUACUCCUUUUCGAAAUUAUCCUAGCGUUAGUGUAUGAAGCCAGAGUAAUUUCGAAAGGGAGUAUUAGCAAGUAAUGUUUCAGUUGAUUAUGCAGAUUAUCCUCUGCGUCUUUCGGU